AUGGGCAAUUCCGGGAUAGUAGCAGGCCCUUCAACAAGUGGUCAAGCGCCAAGGAAAAAUAAUAGUUAUCACGGGAGAAGACUGAUGAGCAAUGGGAUAGUAGCAGGCCCUUCAACAAGUUCUCAAGGACCAAGGAAAAAUAAUAGUUAUCACGGGAGGAGAUUGAUGAGCACAUAUUUUCCAAAUGCGGGCAUAAGAGCAGGACCUUCGACAAGUGGACAGGGUGGUGGUCGCAUUCCCGUCGCUUCCCCAUAG